AUGGCCAAAGAGGCCCUUCCUGAUCUGUCUACUUCCCCAAUUACCUCUCUGAAUUCACAUUGGUCAGAUUGUCUUACUCAAGAUCCAGAAAGUCCCAAACCAAAGUUUGUAAGAGAAGUUCUAGAAAAAUGUAUGAGGUUGUCUUACCAUCAGCGUAUAUUAGAUAUUGUCCCUCCUACCUUCUCAACUCUAUGUCCUGCAAACCCAACCUGCAUUUACAAGUAUGGAGAUGAAAGUAGCAACUCUCUUCCUGGACAUUCGGUUGCCCUCUGUUUAGCUGUUGCCUUUAAAAGUAAAGCAACCAAUGAUGAAAUCUUCAGCAUUCUGAAAGAUGUACCAAAUCCUAACCAGGAUGACGAUGAUGAUGAAGGAUUCAGCUUUAACCCAUUGAAAAUAGAGGUCUUUGUACAGACUCCGCUACACUUAGCGGCCAAGUCAUUCAGUCACUCCUUCAGUGCUCUUGCAAAGUUUCAUGAAGUCUUCAAAACCCUAGCUGAAAGUGAUGAAGGAAAAUUACAUGUUCUAAGAGUCAUGUUUGAGGUCUGGCGGAACCAUCCACAGAUGAUUGCUGUACUAGUAGAUAAGAUGAUUCGUACACAGAUUGUUGACUGUGCUGCAGUAGCAAAUUGGAUCUUCUCUUCAGAACUAUCUCGUGACUUUACUAGAUUGUUUGUUUGGGAAAUCUUGCACUCCACAAUUCGUAAGAUGAGCAAACACGUUCUUAAGAUCCAGAAAGAGCUAGAAGAGGCUAAAGAAAAACUCGCAAGGCAACAUAAACGGCGAAGUGAUGAUGAUGACAGAAGCAGUGACAGGAAAGAUGGGGCUCUUGAGGAACAAAUAGAAAGACUGCAGGAAAAAGUGGAAUCUGCUCAGAGUGAACAAAAGAAUCUCUUCCUUGUCAUAUUUCAGCGUUUUAUCAUGAUCUUGACCGAGCACUUAGUACGAUGUGAAACUGACGGGACCAGUGUAUUAACACCGUGGUAUAAGAACUGUAUAGAGAGGCUCCAGCAGAUCUUCCUACAGCAUCACCAAAUAAUCCAGCAGUACAUGGUGACCCUGGAGAACCUGCUCUUCACUGCUGAAUUAGACCCUCAUAUCCUGGCUAUGUUCCAGCAGUUCUGUGCCCUGCAGGCCUAAGGGUCAUUUUUUUUUUCCCUUCCUGUCAAGAUUUUUUUAAGAUCUCAAAAUAAUGUCUUAUUUUU